AUGCACAUGGCGCAGGUUUCCGCCAGAACGUCUCCCGUGUCGGACACGACGACGUCGGGUGGCUCGUCGGGGCCGUCACCCAAACGGCACUGCCUCGAGGGCCCCCUUGCCUUCGGCGCAGUGGACGCCGCGGCGAGCUUCGGCAUCGGCCUGGCUCCUCGAGCGUGCGAGAAGUGCCGCGCCUCCAAGCGCAAAUGCGACAAGAAACUCCCUUUCUGCAACCGAUGUCAGAGACUGGGCGCCAGGUGCUACUACGCCCGGGACGCGGCGAACAACGUGAUCCCCGCGGGCGCCGCCCCGUUCUUCAUCUACCAGCCGCGGUCGCCGGCCGCCGACGUGCUGCUCCGCGGCGCCGAGCCGCUCUCGGGCGUCACGGCCGGGCAGAUCCUGGCCCUCGUCGCCAGCGGCGCCGGGCCCGGGUGCCCGCCGCCGGGCGACUGGCGCGCCGGCGCCGACGCGUACUUCGCGUGCGUGUACCCGUGGUUCGCGGUCGUGCACCCGGGCGUCUUCGCGCGGCAGGCGGCGGACCUGCUCGGCAGCGGCAGCGGCGGCGGCAGCAGCGCGGACCCGCACCCGGCGGCGGCGCUCGCGGCCAAGGACCUGGCGCUCGUGGCGGCGGCGAUGGCGCUGGCCGCGCGGAUGCGCGAGACCGACGCCGGCGAGCAGCCCGUCUUCGACGAGACGUACCGCGCGGUGAAGCGGCUGCUGGCCGCGCGGCUGGUCGCGUGCGCGGGGGACCCGCACCCGGGCGUCGAGGCGGCCCAGGCGGCCGCGCUGCUCGCCCUCUACGAGUACGGCCACGGCGACGCCGCCGCCGCCUACCGCACGCUCGGGCUCGCGGCCGCGACGGCGCGCGCGCUCGGCGUCGGGCCCGGCCGGUUGGCGGGGAGGGGGCUCGGGGCGACGGCGUGCGCGCUGGGGUCUGGGGGGGUGGGGACAGGGGGGGAGGAGGAGGAGGAGCAGGAGGAGGGGGAGGGGGAGGAAGGGGAGGAGCAGCAGCGGAAUGGGUGUCUCUGGUGGGGCAUGUUUAUCCUUGAACAGUUCAUCCACCAGGACGAAGCCGUCCGGGGGCUGCCCUUCCUGCUCGAGAGCCCGAGCCGGGACACGCUCCUGCCGGACACACCACCACCGCUGCCGCCACCGCGCCGGUCGCUCGGCUCGACGUCCCCCCCCGCUCCCCCGCGCUCCCCGGCGACUCCGACUCCGACUCCGACUCCGACGCGGCGCCGCCCGCGGCUGAGCGUGAGGGCGCGCGCAGGCGGCGCCGACCUCGCCGCGUUCCAGCUGUCGGCCAAGGCGUCGACGCUGUUCCACCGCGCGCUGCGCAUCGACAAGGAGCGCGGCCGGCGGCCCGGCGGCGCGCCGCUCGCCGCCGCCUACGCCGAGCUCGACGGCGAGAUCCGCCGCGCCACCCUCGCGCUGCUCGAGCGCACGCUCGACUGGGAGGCCGCGCUCGACUGCUUCGCCAUGCUUGUCAGCGCGCUCUUCACGCUCUACAUGCCGUACCUGGCGAUCCUGGAGCAGACGCCGGCGGACGCGCUGGCGGCGUCGUCGUCGCUGUCCUCGCCGCCCGGCUUCGGCGCGCCCUCUUCCUCUUCCUCCUCCUCCUCCUUCUCCGCGUCCCCCGCGCCGCCGCCGCGUAGCGCUGACAUGGAGCUCGCCACCGCGCUCGCCGCCCUGCGCUUCGCCUGCAAGAUGUCGACCGACAUCUUGUGCAAGCUGAACCGCGACUACGCCCGCGUCGCCGCCUCCUCCCCGCCUCCCCGCCGCUACCGCCACCGCUCGUCCCCCGCCUACCUCUGCGCCCCCGCCCCCGCUACCUGCUACCUCGUCAUCCUGGCGCUCGCCGGCCUCGGCCGCGUCUGCCCCGCCGAGGCCCCCGCGUGCGAGGCCAUCAUCGCCGACAAGUUCGAGACCCUGCGCAUAUUCAGCUUCCGCUGGGGCAUCGCUGAGACCAUGAUGCGCCGCCUCGAGGCGCGCCUCGGCAUCAGCCGCGAGCGCUACCUCCAGCGCGCGACGAUCGUGCCGCCUCCGCUGCACGCGUGCUUCGGCGGCGGGCCGUAGUGAAGACACAGGAGGUUUGUAGGCAGGCAGACGGUCCGCGGCCGCCAGGUACGUGUUUCGGCGCCGCCGCGGCCUGCGCCGGUUUCCCGUGCGGAGCGUCGGCGGCUGGGCUCCCGGGGUCUGUCCAGGCGUGGAGG